CGCCGGCCAGAUGUGGAAGUGGAGGCCCAGAAUGAUGAGACCAUCUUCCUAAGCUGUAAUAGGACCGUUCAUUCACUGAACCUGUUUAAUAAUGACAUGAUGGCCACUGAAGCCAAUGGUGCAGUCAAAUUUGCACAACUGUGCAAAUUUUGUGACGUGCGAUCUUCUACCUGUGACAAUCAGAAAUCCUGCCUGAGCAACUGCAGCAUCACAUCCAUCUGUGAGAAGCCGAACGAAGUCUGUGUGGCCGUAUGGCGGAAGAAUGAUGAGAACAUAACACUAGAGACGGUCUGCCAUGACCCUGAGCUCCCCUACCACGGAUUUAUCCUGGAAGAUGCUACUUCUUUAAAGUGCAUUAUGAAGGAAAAAAAAGUGCUUGGCGAGACUUUCUUUAUGUGCGCCUGUAGUGCUGAAGAAUGCAAUGACCACAUCAUCUUCUCAGAAGAAUAUGCUGCCAGCAGUCCUGACUUGUGGUUAGUCAUAUUCCAAGUGACAGGCAUCAGUCUGCUGCCACCUCUAGGAAUCGCCAUAGCUGUCAUCGUUAUCUUCUACUGCUACCGCGUUCACCGGCAGCAGAAGCUGAGCCCAUCCUGGGAAAGCAGCAAGCCACGAAAGCUCAUGGAGUUCAGUGAGCACUGUGCCAUCAUUCUGGAGGACGACCGCUCUGACAUCAGUUCCACGUGUGCCAACAACAUCAACCACAACACGGAGCUCCUGCCCAUCGAGCUCGACACACUUGUGGGCAAAGGCCGUUUUGCUGAGGUUUAUAAGGCCAAGUUGAAGCAGAACACUUCAGAGCAGUUUGAGACUGUGGCAGUCAAGAUCUUCCCCUAUGAGGAGUAUGCCUCUUGGAAAACAGAGAAAGACAUCUUCUCCGACAUCAACCUGAAGCAUGAGAAUAUCCUGCAGUUCCUCACAGCUGAGGAGCGGAAGACAGAGUUGGGGAAACAGUAUUGGCUGAUCACUGCCUUCCAUGCCAAGGGCAACCUUCAGGAGUACCUCACCCGGCAUGUCAUCAGCUGGGAGGACCUGCGCAAGUUGGGCAGCUCCCUUGCCCGGGGCAUCGCCCACCUCCAUAGUGACCACACACCAUGUGGGAGACCCAAGAUGCCCAUUGUGCACAGAGAUCUCAAGAGCUCCAAUAUCCUUGUGAAGAACGACCUGACCUGCUGCCUGUGUGACUUUGGGCUUUCCCUGCGUCUGGACCCUACUCUGUCUGUAGAUGACCUGGCUAAUAGUGGGCAGGUGGGAACUGCAAGAUACAUGGCCCCAGAGGUCCUGGAAUCCAGGAUGAACUUGGAGAAUGUUGAGUCCUUCAAGCAGACCGAUGUCUACUCCAUGGCUUUGGUGCUUUGGGAAAUGACAUCUCGCUGUAAUGCAGUGGGAGAAGUAAAAGAUUAUGAGCCUCCAUUUGGUUCCAAAGUGCGGGAGCACCCUUGUGUUGAGAGCAUGAAGGACAAUGUAUUAAGAGACAGAGGACGACCAGAAAUUCCCAGCUUCUGGCUUAACCACCAGGGCAUCCAGAUGGUAUGUGAGACACUGACUGAGUGCUGGGACCAUGACCCAGAGGCGCGUCUUACGGCCCAGUGUGUGGCAGAACGCUUCAGCGAGCUGGAGCACCUGGACAGACUCUCCAGGAGGAGCUGCUCUGAGGAGAAGAUUCCUGAAGAUGGCUCGCUGAACACUACCAAAUAGCUCUUCCGGGGCAGGCGAGGCCUAAUCCAAAGAACCCGCCCCUCUCACCAAAGAACAGAGGCAGCAGGAAGCUGCCCCUGAACUGAUGCUUCCUGGAAAACCAAGGGUCACUCCCUUCUGAUAAGCUGUGUGAAGAGCGGAAAUAGCAGCAGUAGGGAGAGAUGACAGAAAGCAUUCUAUGCCUUUGACUUUGUCAUGGGAUAAGCUGUGUUAGCACUUCCUCAGGAAAUGAGAUUGAUUUUUACAAUAGCCAAUAACAUUUGCACUUUAUUAAUGCCUGUAUAUAAAUAUGGAAUAGCUAUGUUUUAUAUAUAUAUAUCUAUAUAUGUCUAUAUCUAUAGCCAUACUCUGAAAAGAGACAAGGAAAAAGAUAAAAUAUUCCCAAGAAAUUGGUUUUAUUGGAGAGCUCCAGAACCCGGCAGAGAAGGCAGGAAUUCAUGACAGCAUUAGCAUUUGACAAUCACACAUGCGAUGAGUCUCUGACCAUUUAAUGCGGGAGAACUUUGCAUCAGGAGAGUGGAUCCAUGUCUCAGAGCCAUGCUGCAAUGCUUUUGCAAUAGUAAUUCCUUUCAUGACAGGUUUUUUCUGGCCAUGGAGCUAAGUAUAAAGGCACUGUUUGGGGACCAGUAUUCCUGGGGUUCCUGUGUGCCUUUGUUCCUCCUGGACUUGUUGCUUAAUUUCCAAGUCAAACAUCUAUCUGUUUUGUGAACCUUUUUCCUCAACCAGGUUCACAAACUCAGCCCCAUCAAAUAGUUAAAAUGUUUUAAGUCUCAUCUCUUCCUUUCACAGGCAGUGGAAAAUCAGAAAGACACAUUUCCCCAUCCAUGAAAUUGCCACAUCAUCUUCUAAUAAGACUGUUCUUUUACAUUUUCUCACUGUACCAGUGUUACUAUUGUCCACUCAGGCCUUCACCCUUUCCUAAAAUGGAAAAACUCCCCAACUGGUGGGGUUCACUGUACCGGAGCUUUUUGUCUCACUUGGCCUGUGUAGCCGUUUCUAUGCAAACACUAAUGUAAUCCAUCUUUCUGGGUUCUGGAAUGCUCAAGCACAUUCUGGCCUGGUGGAAGGGAUUUAAACUGUACAAUCCCGCCACUAUCAAGACCGUCAUCCUCCAGGCUUUCUGAACAAAUAUUUUGCUUGAUCAACACAGUGUUUAAAAAAGUUGAGCCACUUUUUAAAUAUUUGGAGAUUUUGUAGAAAAAUCUAUAUCCUAGAUAAGGAUAGCAAAUGGUUUCCAGGUCUCCAGGCCUCACUGUUUACAGAAUGAAGGCAGAGACUCACUUCAAAAGCUGCUUCACUUCUCACUGUAAACAUUUGUGCUUUUCACUGCCUAGCCCCACCCCUUACCAAGGUCCCAUGUAAGAAACAUGCGUUCAAGCAUUUUCUGUGGCUAUGUAAUAGGAUUUUAACUACCUUUAUCUAGUUUAAAAUUCAUCUAUUGGAUUAAAGAGGACCUGCUCUGUACGUUCCUUGUUAACCAAAUCUCUUGUUUAUAUGCUAAGAAUUUUCUCUUCUGCCUUAGAGAUGAAAAGCCUUAACUCCAAGAAGCUUUCCUCGUGGUUACAGAUCGCUGUGUUAUGUCAGCCUUCCCAGCCUUUGCAGAAAUUACUCUUGAGGACUUGAAUGUGGGACAUUGGAGUCCUGUUUGCAGUUAGGAAAUCUGGGUCCAUAUGGAGAGGAGCAAAGGAUGAGCUUUAAUACUUCAUAGGAAGCUUGUUAACACACAAACAAGUGUUGAUGCUGCAAGUAGCAACCUUUUCUUAAAAAAAUGUUUCUUGAAACUGCUUAUUUUCCACCAAAUAGGAAUAUUAAAGAGGGAUUGGCAGGAACCAUGUCAGGUCUCUUUCGAAUGUGGAAGGCCUUAUCUCAUUGAGGUUUUAGGUUGUUUGCUGAACUGGGGAUGGAAUUUCUAGGCACCCUCCUCACUGUGGUGGGUGAGAGAGUUAAGAACAGUUCUCCUGCAGUGCCAUGGAAGCGCCCAGAAAUUCCACUUGCACCUUAGGAUUUGCCAUCCCAAAUAGCUGUUGCUCAUUGACCUCUAGUGGUGAGUUGCUAGAAUACUGGUCCAUUGAUUGAUGGGAUAGUCCAAGAUUCAAAAAAGAGGGUUGUCUCUUCCUGGUCAUUGUUAGCAGAAACUGGAAUGUAAUGUCAGAUGAUACUGUGGCUUGUUUUGUUUAUUUUUUUUCUUAUUCAAGAAAAAGAAAGACCAAGGAAUAGCAUUCUAUAGUUCCUAAAAAUACUGACCUAUGUCACUACUAUGCACAAAGGAAAAGUUUUAUUCUUUUAUGGAACACGUCAGCUGUACUCAUGUAUUAAGAUAGGAAUGUGAAAGCUAAAUACUCUUUUUAUAUAAAAAAUCUCAAGCACUUAUUUUCAUGCUAUGCAUUGUUUGUCUUUUAUAUAAUUAAAAUGUUUAUUAGACUGAAUAAAGCAAAAGUCCUCAGGUGA